GAACUGUUGCCAGCAUUCGACUCGGAGGGCGAGACCGGGCCUGCCGAUUAUGCAAACAUUCUGUGUCAUCUUCCCAUUGACUCCGAUGACAGCGCGAUGGGAGACCACCUCAAUAUAUUUGCCCAUGUCUCAGCCAGGUGGCUUCGGAACGCUUCGCUUUCUGAGAUGCCAGCUGCUGAGGUCACCGUCGUACUCCGGAGGAUGAUUAGCGCUGCCAAUUUCAUCUCAACACCUGGCCGACGGAGCAUCCCCUGGCUCUACACCGGGAAGAAAGGCGACGAGAACUGGAUAGAGGCAGUGCGAAGUCAAGUUCAAGAUCCAUCCCCUUACGACAACCUUUUUCUACGACUUCUCCAUGCAUUUGAAAGAUCCUACCGUAGGCGCGUUCUCACCGGUAAUGAUGGAUCGAUCAGGCGAUAUCUGCACAGGGCACUUUGCAGUCUGCAUGCGCGAGCACCCUGCCAGCUGGCAGGGUGCUCAUGGACACAGCAUUCGUGUGGAGGCGACGGAGGUAACGCCUUUUUCCUCCUUAGCUGUCCUUUGCUGGAUAAACAAGCGGAUACUCUCCGUGAACCCAGCUCUGGUGACCACUUAGUUCCCGAGACAUUUGCUACAUCCGACAUCCCUGUCACAGACACGCUCCAUGCGUCGCCAUCCCACUUCGACCGUCAACUUGAACCCACUUGCCCAGAAGUCGCGCACUGGUCCGCCGAACUGUCCGUGCCGGCUGACUCAAUAAACCGAACGGAAGAUAUUACGCAAGAGUUAGAGGACCUAUCUGAAUGGAACAAGCCGGCCUCUAUCGCCGGUCAUCCUCCUCGGCCCAGUACUCUGCAGGCAUCUUCUUCGUCGUCCGCAGCAGCUGGACUCUCGGCGGGCGAGUACAAGAGGGCAGCUUCCGGCAGGAGCAGCCCCGGCUGGCGCGCAUAUGAUGAACACGGCGUAUACGAAGAAGAUGUGGCAGAUCACGUUACGUCGAGCUCUGCCCGCUACCACGGAUCCCGUCCAUUUGUUGUACCUCCUUCCAACGCUCCAUCCGAAUCAACGUUAUCCACGAAGGCCCAAUCCAGGUUAUCUGGCCCCAGGCUGGACGCUGAGCCCAUGGCGCAUCGAGAGUCAUCUGACGAUAAUAUCGGCGCAGAGUAUACCUCUCCUUCCGAAGCUCAAGCUCAGGCGGAGGACCGCAGCUCUCAGCGUCUGCCAGUGGCUAUCCUGUCUUUAGCAGAGGAAGUGGCUGAUGGGCGAGGUGUGGAGAGUUUUCUGCCAGUGGCUACAGGCGAGACUGACAACGAUGGCGGAGCAGUGAAGGACAAAGGAAAGGGCCCUGGCCCUUGCCUAAACGAUCCAGUCGUGCAUGAGGUCGUCAACAGCGACCCACCGAAUCCUGCCGGGAUGCGUCCGUCGCGGAGCUCGUCCCCUUCCUCGCAUCGCGACAAUUUAUUCGCUUCAACCGCCGGCCUAUUGCGUCAAGAUAUCGUCCAACCUAGCGCAAGCGCAGACAGAAAUAACGACGAGGUGCCAGGAGUGCUGCAGAAUUCGCCCUCUGACGACCUCGUCAUCGCUCGCAGCGACCGUUCCGUCGCCGACGACCGACCCGCAGAAAUUCGACGAUCGAGCAGCUCUUCCCUCCCGGGAGCUGCAGUAUUGUUCCACGACGACCAGGGAAGCGGCGGUCAGGCAGCAGAGGAAUUCGAGCUGGCCUUACGGCAGGGAGCGAUGAGCGAGGGCGUUGGAGAGCAAGACGGGCCCGAGGCUUGAACGAGUCAGCGUUUUAUAUACAUACCGGAGUAUGUGGCAGCUAGUUACCCUGACUUGAAUUCAUCGUCGAGGUUCAAAUUGCUUAAAGUCGCGUAUGGAUUGAUGUACA